CUUCAGAACGAUUGCCCAGGAUACUCGAGGUGGAGCCACCUGGACCGUUGAAGCCUAGCCGUUAGCAUGCUGUGGUAACGUCCAUGGAUCUUUCAAACCUAGUGUGGCAGGAUGGCAUGCUUUGGACUCUAUUGUGGGAAGACCCUAUUGUUUAAAAAUAGCUCAACUGAAAUAUAUGGAGAAUGUGGGGCAUGCCCAAGAGGACAGAGGACAAAUGAACAGAAGUACUGUCAGCCUUGCACGGACUCCCCGGAACUUUAUGACUGGCUUUACCUUGGCUUCAUGGCGAUGCUUCCUCUCAUUUCCCAUUGGCUCUGCAUUGAAUGGAACGCAAACAACAGUAACUCCAGAGGUGUGUUUUUCCAGCAAGUCUCUGCGUUAUUAGAAUGCAGCAUGGCAGCUGUGGUCACAUUACUUGUGAGUAAUCCCGUCGGCACCCUUGUCAUCCACUCAUGCCGGGUGCUGAUGCUUUCAGAUUGGUACACGAUGCUCUACAAUCCAAGUCCAGAUUACAUCACCACCGUGCACUGCACUCAGGAAGCCGUGUACCCACUGUACACCAUCGUGCUUGCUUAUUAUGCUUUCUGCUUAGUAUUGAUGAUGCUGCUUCGACCACUACUAGUAAAGAAGAUCCAGCGGCACCUAUACAAGACAAACCAGCUGGAAAACAUCUACACCGCCCUGUACUUCUUCCCAAUUUUGACUGUGCUGCAAGUAGUUGCAGGAGGCCUCUUAUAUUAUGCCUUCCCAUACAUUCUAUUGGUGGUAUCUUUGGCUAAUCUGGCUGUAUACCUGGUUUUUUCCCAAAUAGAGAGCUACAGUGAUCUCAUGAAAAACGACAGACUUUUCAUCCUCCUCAGCCACUGGUUCCUUCACGCCUACGGCUUAAUGGCAUUCUCCAGGGGGCAGCAACUUGAGCAAGAUCUGCUCCUUUUAACUUUGGUACCUUUCCCCACUCUUUUUUACUUUUUCACUACCAAGUUUACCAAACCAUCACGGAUAAUCGCUGAAGGAUCCAAGAGACACUAAAUACAAAAUAGGAAGAAACAACACUUAAGUGUUUUUAACGAUAAAGAGUAAAGAAAAAAAUUUAAAUGUAUUAGUAUCAUUCUGUUACAGAUGGGAACAGUAUAUCUUUUAAUGAUUAUCAUUUUUAUUUGUGUGUAUGUGUGUAUCUGCAUCAGUUAUGAUUACAUGGGUGUAAAUGCCUGUGGAAGCUAGAAGGGGGCACCAGAUCCCCAGGGGCUAGAGUUUCAAGAGGUUGUGAGCCCAUGAUGUGGUGUUGGGAACUGAACUUGCACUCUCUGGAAGAGCAGAAAAAAGAAAAAAGAAAAAAAAAACAAAAACGCUUAACUGAUAAGUCAUCUCUCCAGGCCCAAAGGAACAGUAGAUAUUCAUGGUUGUUUUCCUUUUGUUGUUCAUGUUAUGUUGUUUGACUAACAUCUUAAGGUUACACUUGGAAAAAAGUGUGUGUGUAUACAUAAAUGUGUGUGUGUGUGUAUAUAUAUGUAUAUAUACAUACAUAUACUACAGUAUCUACUACACUAGAAUCCUACUAGGAAGUUUGAAGUUUGAGCUAUUCUUCGGUACAUAGUGGUGAUUCUGUUUCUACUAAUGGGAGUGUCCCAUCUUCUUAUAAAAAUCCUUAACAGUUAAAACAGGAAAGUCGUAGCACUGGCUAAUUAUUUAUGCUUGUUCUGUCUCCAUUUGGUUUUCACCUUUAAGGCAUUACAGUGGCAAACAUACUUAUAGGGUGUGACAGCAAAUAUAGAAAUAAAUUAUGGAGGUUUUGCUGAGGUUUUAUAUUUGCCUUUACAAUACAUUAAUUAAUACAAAAAUAGAGCACCAUUAUAUGCCCAACUCUCUGUUUGGAAAUAGGCCAUUUGAAGAUGUGUUCAGAUUAUUGUCUAUGCAAUGAAGAAAGACAAGCACUCUCUUUGAGGGAAGUCAUAUAUAAAACAAAUCCUCCCAUAAAAGUGAAUUGUACUGAUGGAUUCUUAAACAGCGACUUGGGAAGGAUGGCAGGGGAAAGGUAAGCUGGGGCUGUGGGAGAAGGCACUGAGAAAAGCCCCACCAGAGGUUCCCAGGCUCGGUCUGGCAAGCAGCCUGAAGGAUGUUCCCAAAGCUAUAGGAUCCUUUGGAGGGUUUGUCAACUUGACAGGAUCCUUUGGAUGGUUUGUCAACUUGACACAACGCAUAAUCACCUAGAAAGACAGUCUCAGUGAGGGAUUGUCUAGAUCAGGUUGGCCUGGGAGUGGGUCUGGAGGGCUUGUCUUGAUUGCAUUAGUUGAUGUGGGAAAACCCAGCCUGAGAGUGGGUGUCAUUGUGCCCAGUCCAGGAUCCUGGACUGUGGAAGUGGAGAGACAGGGCUGAGCACAAGCAAGCCUGCAAGCAUUCAUUCACGACUUUCUGCUCUUGACUGCAUGUGGCGGGACUCGCUGCUUCAAAGUUUUGCUGCUUUGAUUUCCUCAAAAUGAUGAGCUAUAAUCCAGAAUUGCUAAUUAACCGCUUCCUUUUUGUCAAUCUUCCUCCUCCUCCUCUUCCUGCUUCUCUUAUUCUUUUCCUCCCUCCUCUCCUCCUAGCCCCCACCACCUCACCUUCUCCCCAGAUCCACUCCUCCUCCAUUUCCCUUCAGCAAAGAGUUGGCCUCCCAGGAAUAUCAGCCAAACAUGGCAUAACAAGUUACAGUAAGACCAGGCAUGGACCCUCAUAUGAAGGCUGGAUGAGGCAACCCAGUAGGAGGAAAAGGAACAGUAGGCCAAAGAGGCAGAGACAGCCCCUGUUCCCACUAUUAGGAGUCCCACAAACACACCAAGUUAUACAAUAGUAACAUGCAUGCAGAGGACCUAGGUCAGACCUAUACAUGCUCCCUGAUUGUCAGUUCAAUAAUCAGAAAUGGAAACAGGGACAAUCUUGAGUUUUUCGUCCCUGUGAGAUGUGACUCAUCAGCCCUGGAGCAGGUAUGAGGAGUCUAUUUUUAUUUACUCUGCCAAGUGGUUUUUAUGACCUCGUGACCCAGGAAUGACUUCAGGUCAGUCCUGAAAAGAUUCCAUUAGCAGUGAGUCCUAUGCACCUGUUAGAUAGCUCCUGGGCAUUGAACACUCAGAGGGACCAGUUUCCUCCCCUCCCAUCCCUGACAGGAGAGCAAGAACAUAAACAGAAGAAAUAAAAAUAACAACCACAACAAAGAGCUUUGAGAUCCAAGUGCACAAUGUAACCUGUUCCCAGAACUGUUCAGCAAAGUGGAGAGUUGGCCAGAGCCCAGCCCAUAGGAAAGCACGGCCUUUUCUAUGCCUUUGCCUCACUGCCUAAUGAGGUCCAACAGAAGUUAGAUAUUUCAUCCAUCUCACUACUAAAAUAAGUGAUUCAUCCUCCUGGGAGAAGGACUAAAUGAAGAGGUUAAAGCAAGAGGCAGAAGCAUCCUCCAGUAUCACGUUCAUCCUACAGGUAGGAAAGUGGAUGCCUCCUUCCAUUGAAACAUGAAGAUAAUAAUAAUAAAAAAAAAUGGAUCCCUUUUUAUCAAAGUCUGUCUCAUGAGCGCAUCAGAAUUCCAUGGGUGCUGCUAGCGGUAAAAGUUCAUCAACAAACUGCUUCAUUCUUAUGUGACAAGGGCUGCAGAUUGACUACAGAGACUUCAUUUUGGUACCUCAGAUGAGCUUUGUCUUGCUGAGUAAAGUGGCCUUACUUGUAAGAGGAAACUGAAAUAAAAAACAAUUCCAAGAACA